AUGGAGUGGAACAGAAACAUACAAGCCUUCAAGAUCGUCAUCAAUUCGAGUUUUACUGAAUAUACAGAAUAUAAAGCUGCUAUGUGGAUAUGGAGGUUGUGUUCGCCAAUUUUAAUACUUUUUGGAAGUGUGGGGAAUAUCUUGUCUCUUAUUGUGCUAGUAAGAAAACGACUUCGGUCAUCACCAACCAUGUUCUUUCUGACAGUACUAGCUCUAGUAGAUCUGUCUGUUCUAUACAUUGGAUUAUUACGACUAUGGUUUGAAUAUUCAUAUGAAAUUAAUUUGCGAGAAUCAUCGGAAUUUGCAUGUCGUGUCCAUACAUUUCUCGUAUAUUUUACCUUAUCAUAUAGUGUUUGGAUUAUUGUGGCGGUGACAAUAGAUAGAUGUAUUAUCGUAUGUGCUCCAUUUAAGGCGAAGACUUUGAGUUCGUUAUCCAAAGCCAAAAAGACUGUUCUCAUUAUAGCAAUUAUACUAAUCUGCUUUAACGCCCACAUCUUAGAAACUCAAGCCUUGAUUUCAGUGAAAUAUUUUGAAGGCGGUAUCCGUUGUAGCCAUGCUAAACAUAGUGAAUACUUUCGUGAUUAUGUAUGGCCCUGGAUAGAUUUUGGUUUAAAUUGUUUUAUUCCAUUCACUGUAAUGAUAGUGUGUAACUUGCUGAUUAUACGUCGUAUAUCAUUAUCUGCUAGAAAACUAACACAACAUAUUGAAAGGGACCAACCAAAGUCUCCAUCACAUACACUUAGUAUCUCACGGGGUCACAGAUUGUCGGUAUUACCACUAGCUAAUUCAACUGCUACUGUAACAUCAAACACUGAAUCAACACCAGCUAACAGAGUUCGAGAUACUGCAUUCUCCUUUCAUCCUCAAGUUAGUGUUGAUGUGUCUAGAAAAGCUCAGAACAGAUCGACAAGUUUAACCAUUAUGUUAUUGGUAGUAAGUUUUGUUUUUAUGUUGCUAGUGUUACCAAUAACAGUAUUUCUAAUCGGAUUUCAAGUUUGGAUUGAAACAGCCGACCCGAGAACAGAGGCUAAACUAGAAUUAGGCUGGGCUCUCGUUAAUAUGUUACAAUAUACCAACAACUCAAUACAUUUCUUUUUGUAUUCUUUGACUGGACCUAGAUUUAGACGCGAGUUUCUAUCACUUUUUAAAAAGAAAUUUGGACAGAAGAAAAUUGAACCGAGUGACACGGUCGAUAAGGAAGCUUCGCCUGGAAAAUAG